UCUAGGCCUGAGCACCAAAUGGAUGUUUAGUGUGUGCAUGCUUGCAUAACUAAAAGCAUUUUGUUUGUAUAUUACCGGAUCUUGUGCACUGAUUCAUAUAUACAUACAUACAUGUGUAGAUUGGAACAACAGUACAUUGAAAUGGUGUGGAGUCGAUAGGCCACCAGUAUAUAAGACCUGGAUACGGUUAUCAGACAACAGAAAAAAUUUUUUUUCCUCUUAACUACCCUGAAAUUAAAAAAAAUAACUCAAUUUUUUUUCCUGAAAAUACUAUUUAAAUACAUGUCUACAUCUCCACUUGUUAAUGCUUAUUUGUUACUUAUUUAUUAUAUGCACAUAACAGGCAGCAAAAACUUAUUGUAGAAUUCUUACUAUACAAAAAAACUACUGGUCAUUAGAAAUCCAGCUUAUUACAAUAUUUUCAAUAUUUUUUUGCUCUCUUGUGAAUUUUUAAAUAUUCCUUUUCAUAUAUAAACAAAAAAUGAUUCGAUCAAUUAAAAAACGAUUCACUAUUCAAUUUAAUUCAAAGUUUUUACACUGGGUCACAUUAUUUUCAUUUUAUAUUACAAUCAAUCAAAUCUCAUUAGUUAUUUCAAAUGGAUGCCUUCAACCUAAUGGAAUGUCUAUAUGUUGUGCCGGUCGAGAAGAGAAAUGUUUUGUUUACAAAUCAACUGGACAAUCUUCAAUAUCUAGAUAUUAUCCAUGGAGGAAAUAUCGUAGUGUAGCUGGUCAUUCAAGUCCACGUGGUCGAUGUUUUUGUGAUGAAAGCUGUGUCAUUACUGGAGAUUGCUGUCAUGAUUAUCAAUUCACAUGUCAAAAAACUAAAGUGGAUUGUACAGUCAGUGAAUGGGGACCUUGGACAAGUUGUGAAUAUUCAUGUGGUCAAAGUGUUAGUACGCGUUACAGACAAGUUCAGAUUAAACCAAGUAACAAUGGUAAACCAUGUCCAGAGUUGAAUGAAACAAGACCAUGUAUUGGACAUAAUUGUGCAUCGAAAAGAUUUGGAAGAUCUGGAACGCUGAUGGUACCCUAUGUUUAUGAUAUAAAAGCUGAAGUGGCACAUUUACUACCCGUACGUGGAGAUGUAUUGGAUUUAACUAGACGUUAUGAUAUGCGUUUCGAUGUUCGACGUAAACUCUAUCUUGGUAGAUUAAUAAAAAUGAAUAAGACUGAACAGCCAGAACCUGAUCCAUACUGUGCAGUAUAUGAGAUUACAUAUACAAAUCAGGCUUGCCAAACACAGAAUUUGUUAUGGCAAUUUUCAUCAUCCCGAGAUCAGUAUCCUUAUUAUUAUUAUCCUAAUCGUUAUAAACGACACAAUGGUUAUAAUGGUCAAUCGAUCACUUUCAGCCGUAAAUCAUUUCUUCACGAAAGACAAUACAAUAAACUUGGAAAUACUGGUCUGAACAAAAAUUGGGAAGAUGAUUAUUCGAAUUCUGAAUCAUGGAUUACUCAUUCAGCAUUACUUACACCAGGUCAACAAAUUUGUGUAACAUGCUAUCCAACAUAUAUGAGAGAAGAUUUGGGUUACAGAUGCACUGGAUCUGGAUUGCCAAAUAUUGAGACUAGAUGGCGUGCACUACGUACUUCUGAUUGUCAAGGCAGAUUUCGUAUGGUUAGUAUACCUCAAAGAUCAUGUACAUGCGGUCGAGGUGUUGCAUCAUUUGUAUUUGUCUAAUCAAUACAUAAAUGUAUACGAGAUCGUGCACGUAUUUAUUAAUUUAUCUUUCCAAUACAAACUUAAAUACACCAUUUCUACAUACAAAAUGACAAACAUAUACAUACAUAAAUUUUCAUCAUUUUUUGCCGAUCUAUCUUCAGAAAGAAAAUGGCUAUAAUACAUAUAUACUACUUCGGAAGUUUGCAUUUGCCUAAUAACUGCAACUAACUAAUUUGUAAUCAUUAUUACUAAUAUUAAUUUAAGUAAAUGUUUUAAUGAAACGUUUUAGUUGUUAGCUUUACAUACAUUUUCAAGUUCUUACUGAUACUGUUAGAUGGGGUCAUUUGAUUAAACAAAACUGAUUAACUAAAACAAAUUGAAUGAAAUUAUGCAUUGAAACAUUUUACCGCCUUCUGUAUUGAUAAUAUUUAAAAUUGUUUAUUAUUUUAUUGAAUUUUUACAUAAAUAAUUUCUUAUAUCAGGGUCAAAUGUUUAGGUAUAUUAUUAUUGUUUUAAAUUAAUAUUAUUACGAUAAUGUUAUAAUCAACAGGUUAAAAAACAAUCUUAUUAAAGUUCGACUCAAUAGUCAAAACUAUAGUAAUACAUGUUUGUUUAAAUUAACUCAAGGUCAUUAGUGUUAUUUUCUUUUAUUUCUCUAGUCUCUUUUGAAAGAAAAACAAACAAACAAACUAUUCCAUAGAAACUCUGUAAUAAGGUAAUAUGAAAAUAAUCUCUCUCUCUCUCUCUCUAUAUA